AUCAAGAUCAAAGUGACAAUAAUUUGAAACAGAAGUUUAAUAAUUUAUAUGGAGAUUUUAUUCUAGCAAGUAGUUAUUCUUCAUUUUGCUUUAAAAUUCAAGAGGAUGAUAUGUUGGUAACAACACCUGAUCUACUAUCAUGGGAUACAUCUGAACUUUCAUUACAAGCUACUGAAUUACCAAUACAAAGUAUACGAAAUACAUUAAUUGAGCUUAACCAAAAUAUUUAUAUUAGCCAAAAU